ACGACACGUAGCGAUUGGUACAUUUAAAAUCAUCAUCGAUGUUUUUGCAUUGACCGCCAGUCGAGAUGAGAUAUGGUCGAAGUGUGUAGUACGCGCAGAAACGAGAUGAGCUUCUUGUGAGAAGGUGCGGAAAAAUAAGGCUUACAGACAUGUUGAUCGUAAUAUUUAACAUGAUAUACCUAUUCGGCAAAUACGUGUACAAUAGUUAUGCCGGGAGGAUGGGUACGCCAUGGAACGAUGCCGGGAAAGAGGAAACAGCGGAUCGUCGACAUAUCCUCGACGACAACAAAGUUCAAGACGCAGUUGACGAUACACAGCCUUUAUCGUUGGUAGAAGUAUCACAGACAGUGAAAUUCUCGCCACCGGCGUAUAUACAGAGAUACUUAACUGUAGCGAGUAUACUUCAUGAUCCUAAGUACGGAGGGAAAUUGCGGAAGGUUGUGGAUUUUGGAUGCGCUGAACUAGCUAUCUUCCCAUAUUUGAAACAUAUUGCAGGAAUAGAAGAGAUACUGUUUGUUGACAUUGAUAGGGUAAAUCUGCUACUCUAUAAAGAUAGAGUUAAACCAUUAAUUGCAGAUCAUUUGAAGCAGCGACAAGGACCGCUCAAGAUUGAAAUAUGUGUAGGCAAUGUGGUACAAAGUGACAAGAAAUUAGAGAAAACUGAUGUUGUACUAUGCAUUGAAUUAAUUGAGCAUUUGCAUGAUUAUACAUUGUUCAACGUUCCUGCUAAUAUCUUUGAAUAUAUCCGACCAAAGUUAGCAAUAAUAACAACACCAAAUGCAGAUUUCAAUGUAUUAUUUCCGAAUCUUUCCGGUGGAUUCAGACACCCGGAUCAUAAGUUUGAAUGGACAAGAGAAUAUUUCGAGCACUGGGCAAGAAACAUUGUGAGGAAGUAUCCGAAUUACACAGUGAGCUUCCAUGGAAUCUGUUAUGGACCUGUAGGCACGGAACAUUUAGGUGCGUGCACACAAAUGGCGAUAUUUGAACGAAAGCAAGAGCCGAUUGCGCCAGAAGCAGUAAUCGAAGGAUUGGAAGGAUUCUUCGAGACAAUAGAAAUAAUUACUUAUCCGUUUAACGAGGACAAACGUACAGAUACUGAGAAAUUGGUAGAUGAAGCGAAAUAUUAUAUUAAUUUCUUAGCACAUAAAGAUGAGGAAUCAUUGAAUUUGAUAAAUUUAGCAGAGGUAAAUACGUUCAUGAGUAAAUAUUCCAUAUCAUUAGAAACAUUAAGAGAGAUUUUGUACGAAAGUGGUUACAUUGUCGAAGAUCGUGAGGAAGGUCCGGUGAUAAUCCUUUCUCCUGAAGAGCCUGAAUCUGAAUCUGAGUUUGAGGAAGACUAUAUUGAAGACAACUUGGAUUUUGAAGAUGAAGAGAAUAUAACUGAGUUUUAUGAUAUGAAUGAAGAUGAAUUUGAAAAUGACAAUGACAAUUUUUAUGAAGAAUCCAUCGUUAUCGUAGAGAACCAAAUUGCUUCCAAUGAAGAAAAUAGCUAUUUAUAUGACUGGAAUGAACAUUCGAUAGAUCAUCAUCACUCUCAAGUAGAGGAGUCGGUUGUAAUUCCCGCCAAUGAAGCCAAUAUUCCAAGAUUCAGCAAUAGAGAAGGACCUGUUGAAAUUGUACGAAAUGUACCUAAUUCCGCUGCAAAUGCGAUUCAGAUGGACGAUGUAGCUGAGAUAGAUGAUGUUGCAAUGUUGGGUAUUGCAACCUCCUUGCAAGCUACAUUACAGAACGUCGAUAUGAAUUCGAGCAAUGUACAAGAUAAUUAUGACGUGAUAAAUUUUCAACCGUAUAUGUCUGUUUCCCGUUCUUCAACGUCACCAGGACUUCUCUUUAAUCCCGAAUUGGAUGACUCGUUGAUUUCUCAAAAUUUGUUAAAUAGUACUUUUAACAAAACAGAAAUAAGGAAUAAAGCAGAUAUAGUUGUCAAUCUCACCUCGGAAACACCCUCAAGUGAAAUAUUUCCCAUGGAAAUGAAAAAUGAAGAUCUUUCAGAAUAUGUGUCUCCAAAUGAUUUUAAGAUAAAUUAUAUUGAUAAUAUUAUGCAAGAUAACGUUGGUUCAACGGAAAGUCGAGUUUUGGAAGAAGAUCGGCUAGAAGCUGAGUUACAAAAUAUAUUUCGCGAUAUUCAUGAUGAACCACAAUCAACCAGCUCACCUAGAUGUAAAAAAAUACGCAUUUCCAAUGCUGUCAAGCGGAGCUGUUUGGAAGGCGAUGAUUUAAUAUCUGCAUUAGAGAGUUAUACCGAAUUAAAUCCGAUGGAGAUGAUUGAGGAAGUUGUAUCGGAUAUCAGCGCGUUAAAAGGUACUAAUCAAAGGUCCUCGUAUAACGAUAGUGCUGUUACAGAAAUAAUUAAUUGUCCGGCAAUUUCUGACAACGAAAAUGCCGUUUUAAAAUGUGAAAUUGAUGCGAACUGUUCAUCUAGCAAUAAUUCACAGCGAGAAUUGUGUUUAGGAAAUAAGGGAUCAUGCAGUGAUCACUCUACUUUUGUAAGUUUGCUGCAAGAAGACGAUAACGAAGACGGAACUGCAGGAAAAGAUAAUUUAAUCAAACAUGAGACUGAAAUUGUGGAUGUACAAAGAAUAGAAGAUAUACCUCACGUCUUACCGUCUGAUGACGUAUACGAAGAACAUGCAUGUGGCAGAUUAAAUAUAGCGGAGAUAAUAUCGCAUAACGAUAACGUGGAAACGUAUUUAAAGCAUGGAAGUGAGGAUCUCGCGAAUCCGAAUGUAAAUGGCAAGAAUUCAAUUCCGCUUCGAGAGCUAUCGAAUACGAAAUCUUGCAGCAACAACGAAUGUUCUUCCGUGUGUGCCAAAGAAGACAAUGGUUUCGAUGACAGUUUUAAAUCGUGUUAUGAGGAUACAAAUAACAAAGUAGUUCAGUUCGCGUCGUCGUUGAAGAGCAACGAGAACGUCGGAUGUGAUACAAAGGAUCUUACGAGUAAGGAUGUAAGUGCGUCGAGUAGCGUCGGAUUCAUAUGCAGCGCCGAAGCUAGACCACUUUCCCCCACCUUCGAGACUCCUCCGGACAGUUGGUCACACGAGAUCGUGGAUUCCGGUUACCCGAAUUCAACCUCCGGCCAGGAUAUCACACCGGAGAACGAUUUGUCCAGCAUUGCCCAAGAUCACAUACCCGACACAGAAUCACCGAGUGUUGCGGAAGCGCCACGAUUCGAGCUAUUAGACUUGGUCGAGGUGGAAAACGGCGAUUUGGCGAACAACAACAGGGAUAAUGAAGGUAACAAUAUGGUGGCCGCGGAUGCCAACGAUAUCGAGGGUUUACAACCAUUUAUCGCUGUACUGGAGAACGAUCUCGAGAAUGAGAAUGAUAUUUAUGUAUUGGAAAACGACUUUCCCAUCUGGUUGCUAAGAAUAUUGGAUAUGGCAAAUCCGCUUGACUUCGAGGCACAACCUGAACAGAAUCUUGAGGUACACGAUGAAGUUGCAGAUGUUCACUUUGUGAACCAUGACGAAGGUUUUGAUAGCAGUUCUUCCGAUGAAUGAUCGUGAGACAUUUAGAAGAGGAAAUUGGGAAUGGUAACGAGCUUGAUAAACAAACAAAUUUUCUUAAUCAUAACGAUGGAGAUUGGAGGUAAGAAAUGAAAUAUAUAUAUAAUUGAAGCAGCUCAGCAUAAGCCUACAUAUCACGUUUUUGAAGCUCGCGAUAUGGCCUGCAAGUCUUUGCAGCUUUAAAAGUUUAGUUAUUUUGAAGAACAUUUUCAUUAGCAUUUUAGAUAUUUUGUGGACAAGUUAGACGUCCUAAAAAAAUAGCUUUGACAAAAUUCGUAAGUUUGUCGUUUAUUCAAAUUACUAUAGUUCUAAUACCUAACUACCUCCCAUAUGUUUCCCUUAUUUUUUUUCUUUUUAUAAUAGACUAUUCAUUUAUACCUAGUAUUAAGUAUUUCAAUUUCAAUUAACA